CCCCUCUCCUUUCUCCCUCUCAGAACCUUCCUGCCGCCGCGUUCGGACCUCGCUGCUCCAGCCUCCGGGGUCCCAGCCUUCCAGACUGCGACCAGCAGCAGUGAAAAAAAAAUUACAUAGCAUUCUCUUGCCCCGUGUACACCUCGAGGCGAGCACAAAAAUUAAAGUAAAUUUUGAACCAUGAGGGAAAUCGUGCACAUCCAGGCCGGUCAGUGUGGCAACCAGAUCGGUGCCAAGUUCUGGGAGGUGAUCAGUGAUGAACAUGGCAUCGACCCCACCGGCACCUACCACGGGGACAGCGACCUGCAGCUGGACCGCAUCUCCGUGUACUAUAAUGAAGCCACAGGUGGCAAAUAUGUUCCUCGUGCUAUCUUGGUGGAUUUAGAACCUGGGACCAUGGAUUCUGUUCGCUCAGGUCCUUUUGGCCAGAUCUUCAGACCAGACAACUUUGUUUUUGGUCAGUCUGGGGCAGGCAACAACUGGGCCAAGGGCCACUAUACAGAGGGGGCCGAACUGGUGGACUCGGUCCUGGAUGUUGUACGGAAGGAGGCAGAGAGCUGUGACUGCCUGCAGGGCUUCCAGCUGACGCACUCGCUGGGCGGGGGCACGGGUUCUGGAAUGGGCACCUUGCUCAUCAGCAAGAUCCGAGAAGAGUAUCCUGACCGCAUCAUGAACACCUUCAGUGUGGUGCCUUCACCCAAAGUGUCCGACACUGUGGUUGAGCCCUAUAACGCCACCCUCUCUGUCCAUCAGUUAGUAGAGAAUACCGAUGAGACCUACUGCAUUGACAACGAGGCCCUUUAUGACAUCUGCUUCCGCACCCUCAAGCUGACCACACCAACCUAUGGGGACCUGAACCACCUCGUCUCAGCUACCAUGAGUGGUGUCACCACCUGCCUCCGCUUCCCUGGCCAGCUCAAUGCUGACCUUCGCAAGCUGGCAGUCAACAUGGUGCCCUUUCCACGUCUCCACUUCUUCAUGCCUGGCUUCGCUCCUCUGACCAGCCGUGGAAGCCAGCAGUACCGGGCCCUCACUGUGCCUGAACUCACCCAGCAAGUGUUCGACGCCAAGAAUAUGAUGGCUGCCUGUGACCCCCGCCAUGGCCGCUACCUGACCGUGGCUGCUGUCUUCCGUGGGCGGAUGUCCAUGAAGGAGGUAGAUGAGCAGAUGCUUAAUGUGCAGAACAAGAAUAGCAGCUACUUCGUAGAAUGGAUCCCCAACAACGUCAAGACAGCCGUCUGCGACAUCCCUCCCCGUGGCCUCAAGAUGGCAGUCACCUUCAUCGGCAACAGCACAGCCAUCCAGGAGCUCUUCAAGCGCAUCUCAGAGCAGUUCACAGCCAUGUUCCGCCGGAAGGCCUUCCUCCACUGGUACACAGGUGAGGGCAUGGACGAGAUGGAGUUCACCGAGGCCGAGAGCAACAUGAAUGACCUGGUCUCCGAGUACCAGCAGUACCAGGAUGCCACCGCGGAAGAGGAAGAAGAUUUCGGUGAGGAGGCUGAAGAAGAGGCCUAAGGCAGGCAGCGCCUCAUCACCUCAGGCUUCUCAGUUCCCUCAGCCUUCUUCAACUGCCCCUUUUCUUUCUCAGAUUUUGCUUUUUCUGCCUCUACUUUUUUCUUUUUGGGGGGGUUCUGAAACAGUGCCUGGCACAUUAUAGGCGCUCAAUAAAUAUUUGUUGUUUGUUGAA